UCGCAGAAUGUUCUAAAGAUAUAAAUGCAUUCCAUAUGCACAUGCAUAUUUGCAAACGAGAGAUAGAUAAACCAUAUUUUGAAAUAACGAUUAGACAAUAUAGUCGAAAAGUAAAGUAAAAAAGAAAGAAGAAAGAAUCAUGUUGUGUGAAAACCACUUGUGUAGAAGUGAUAGACGACGAAGCAGCACAAGAUGCGCUAGAUCAGUAUGAUGCUAAGCGGGCAUGGAUCCACAACAUGUGGUCACCACAAUAAUUGUGAACCAAAUUCAUAGAAAUAAUACGUUAAAGGACCAGUAUCGUCAGGUGUUAUCCAUUAAAAGUUCAAAAGACACGAAAUAUAAUCGAAACUAAUCGAAAAGUCAUAGAAAAUAAUGGAAUAUUGUAAUAACGGUUACAAUGGCAUGGUGUAUCAUCAUUCGCCACAGCAUAACCAUGAGUUUCGCUACAAAAAUGGAAUGAUGAAAGUAGGCUACAAUAAUUAUAAUAAUGCAUAUGGACAUAGUCAGCAUAUCAAUUGGAAUGGGAUGCAUCAUCCUUCACAGCCACCCCAUCAUCAUCAUCAUUCGCAUCAUCAUCCGCAUGCCCAUCAUCAGUACGGGAAUCGAAAUAUUUCAUCGUCGUGCCAUUAUGAAUCAUACAAAGCAAAUAUGGUACCAUUUCAAUCAUCAUAUUCGGCGAAUUUCGAAUCAUCGCCAUAUGAGUCGACAGCCACGGCUGUAUCCACAAUGCAAACGUAUCGAUCACGAUACGGUGGAGCCUACCAAAUGUGCGAUACCCAACAAUGCUUUCCAAAUGGUGAAAAUGGUCGUAGUGACUAUAUGCCACUAAACGGUGGCGUGUCCCGUUGUAACAAUAUUCCAGCUCCCGAUCCAAGAAGUCAUCAGACAUUCAUACAUGAGUCGGCCACACAUCAUCCACAACACAUGCGAAUGCCACCGCAUUCAAAUAAUCGUACAUUCGAUUCACAUCCGAAGGCACGACAAUUUGAAACGGGACCACAUCAACACCAUCAACAACCGUGGUAUGGAAAUUCACACAAUAGCAGCGAAACAAUCAAUGAAUCGAAUCAUCACUAUUACCAAUAUCAUGCGAUGAACAAUUCCAAUUAUAAUGAGUACCCCCAUGGAAAUCAAUACUCAGCAGGUGCACCCAAUGGUCAAAUGGUUACAGCAAAAGAGGACAAACCAUCGAAACUGCAUCGCGAUCGUAGUUUAUCGAAGCUGGUAGCAAUGAAUCGACGCCUCGAAACACAGAUGAGCGAAAGUGAACGGAUUGAACAACAUCAUCAUGAGUCAUUUGAGAAUUUCGAUUAUUACACCGACUACUCGACACCCGAUUCGAUUACAACAUCGUCAUCUCAGUACACAAAUAAUGAUUGCAUAAUUAAUAAUGGUGACACGGAUAACAAUAACAAUAAUAAUAAUAACAAUAUAAAUGACACACCAAACAAUAGCCAGAAAUGUAGUUCCAAAGAAACGAGAAAUCAACAAGAAGCAAAUAACACCGAAUGGCAAACAACACCUACACAAACAUUACCAACAGCAACACCUUCAAAUGACACAAUAAAAAAUGUGCUGCAAACAGAGGGUUCGAUUUGUGAUCCAAGCACACCGGAUGAUGGAAAUUUGAUAAAAAAGAACGAUCUUCCAUCGGUAAAUAUAACCAUCAAAUCACCGGCCAAACUAAAUACAAAUAAAAAAGUUGUCAAAUGUAAAAAGGCAAAUAACAUUACAAAAGAAAACUCAUGGGGAAAGCGACGAAAAAGGAAAGAAAAGAAAUCAAAUACUGAUUUCAAUGAAAUAACAGAGCUCAAGACGGAUACAAUUCCAUUGCCGGCAUUUCAACAAGCCUUCGGUUCAACGGAGAUUGGACGUUUUUCGGAGAUUUUCUUUAAUGUUACCGGUAGUCCGAUUGAAAUUGGACUAUUUGAAUCGGAAGCGGAUACAUUGAGUCCACAACCAUGGGAAAUGGGCGAUUCAUUGGAGGGACCACAUUUUAGUAUGCAAGCAAAUAGUACACCAUUAAGCUAUGCAGAAAGUCUUGGCUCGACCGAUUCGCCAACAGCGUCAAAUAACAGUUAUUUUAGUGAUUUACGCGCAUCCGAAUUUUGAAAAGUGUCAAAAAUCAACAAUUCGAGUUAAAAACGAAUGAAUUAGCAAAUUCUAUAGAUUUUACAUGAACAAAAAAA